GGGGCGAUUUGAUCAAGGCUGAUUGUUCUCUUCAAGUCUGAACUCUUGAACACAAGAGCUUAACAUGGAUACACUUUUGGAAAUGGGAUUUCCAAAAAAUAGGGCAGAGAAAGCUCUUGCUCUGACAGGAAAUAAAGGAGCUGAAGCAGCAAUGGAGUGGCUGCUGCAGCACUCAGAGGACCCGGACAUUGACGACCCGCUGCCGGAGGGGGCGGCCGAGGCCGCCGCCGGAGAGGGAGCAGCCGAGGCCGCCGCCGGGGAGGGACAACAGCCGCAAAGGGUGCUAUCUGAAGAAGAAAAGGCUGCCAAGGCGAAAGAAUUAGAAGAGAAGAUCAAGCAAAGGAGGAAAGAGCGAGAGGAAAAGGAAAAGAAAGAAGCAAUAGAGAAAGAAAAGAGGAGAAUGGAAUCAGGAAAGCAAAUCGUCGAUGCGAAGAGACGAAUGGAAGAGCUUGAGAUGAAGAAGAUCGCCGAGGAACGGCGGCGAGAAAAGAUGGAGGACCGACUGGCCAGAGAGCGCGUCAAAAAACAAAUCGAGGCCGACAAACUCGCCCGGCGGCAGAAGUUUAACAUGGACGGCGCCGCACCCGCCGCCUCUGCUGCUGCGGCGCCCGCCGCCGCCCCUGCGACCCAGCCGGCCGAGGCCGCCCCCAAGAAGGAGUACACCAUGACCCGGCUACAGAUCCGCCUCACGGACGGCGCGGCGCUCACCUCUCAGUUCGCUGCCAAGGAGGCGCUGGCGGCAGUCCGACUCUACGUCGAGAUGAACCGCACGGACGGCCAGGGCGCCUUCACGCUCGGCACCGCCUUCCCGCGGCGCGUGUUCACCGCGGAGGACUACGAGCGGCCGCUCGACUCGCUCGGUCUGGUACCGUCUGCUGUACUUAUCGUCUCCAAGCCCACGUGAUCUCCGAGCCUGCUCAGACUGUAACCAUGCCAAGUGAUCCUUCAGUGUGGAGUUCUCGUCAGCCGAGAUUCCAGGGCAGCCCCGCCCGUGUGAGGUCCCACUAAUUCAGGAGGUUUUUUGAAGUUCAGAAGGGGGAGGGUGGCCAGGAAGUGCGGGUCUCAGUGGACUGGACCGGCGCGGCGUUCACGGUGGUGUGUUUGGUUGUCGGCUAUUCCCAGUCCCGUCUUGUUCAAGUGUUUGAAGAAUGAUAGCCAAGAUUCUUAUCUUUAAGCUUGUGAAUAUUAUCUUGCAGGGGAAUUAACAUGUGUUGCAGUUAGGCAGGGCUACAUUUCGUUUGAUACUUAUCCGUAUCUCUCUCAGAAGGGGCUCCCAUAUUAGCGUGCCUUUUGUGAUGCAUCAUCACAUAAUCAAUAUUUCCUUUCCAGUCAUGCAAAUACUUUUGCAACAUUUAUUUACACAACGUUCGCAAAAUAAAGCUGCGAUGAAGCUGUU